GCUAUAUUGAAGUCGUAGUCAUUCUGUGUAAUUUUCAAAGUACAGCAAGCUUUUCCAAUUUGUUCCAUUGCAAUAAACAUCUUGGAUAAGAAAAUUGUUUGGAGACAAGUUUGGUCAUCGUUCGAAUUCAGUUGAAAGAAACAUUCGAAAUAAAGGUUGGAAAUCAUGUUGUGGAAAAAGGAAUCGAAUAAAAGUGAUUCACUGUAUGUGGAUUUUUGUGCGUUGCACGCAAAAGAAUACAUGAAUGCUGCACCCAGGCGAUCAGCGUUCAAAACAACCGAAAAAAGUGACGUGAUUUCGGUGCAGAAACGUGUCGAAGGAAACCAGCUCUUUGGCCAGUGCAAGUGGGCUGAUGCAAUGGAAAUGUAUAAUGAAAGUCUCUGCUAUGCUGAAAAUGGAUCAACGAAUAUAAGCUUGGCAUAUGCGAAUCGUGCAUCGUGUUUCUUGAAAAUGGAAUUGUACAACGAAUGUCUCACUGACAUCGAAUUGGCGAAAGCAGCAGGCUAUCCAGCGGAUUUGGAACCGAAAUUAGAUCGACGCAAAGAACAGUGUCUGAAAGGUGUCAGCGAUGGUGCGAAACCAUUUGGAAUAUUCGAGCCGGCCUUAAGUUUCCAGCCAAACGAGCAAUUUCCAUCCAUUGCAAAUGUAUUAAAAUUAGAGCGAAAUGCCAACGACUAUUCAGUUGUUGCCGAACAAGAUAUUGAUGUGGGUCAAAUAAUUGCUGUUGAGAAGGCAUUCUUGGUCUAUUCCUACAUACGAUAUGGAUUGCAAUGUAGCAUUUGCUUUAAGAGGAAUGCGAAUCUAUUACCGUGCAAAAAGUGUACGGCCGCAUUGUUCUGUUGUAACGAGUGUUAGCACAGUUCAAUUCAUGAAUAUGAAUGCGGCAUAAAGUUUAGUAUUGACAACAAUGAGAAUGGAAACACGAUGAAAGAGAUUCGAAUUUUGUUGAUGGUCAUCAAUAUGUUUGCAAAUAUGGACGAACUGAUUGAUUUCGUGGAGGAAGCGAUCAAAAGCGAUCCAAUGGAGUUGCCAGCGACAUUGAUGGAUGAAAAAUCAAAAUAUCGUGCAUUUUUAAAACUUCCAAUCGGCCCAGAAGCAAUUUCAAAGGAAUAUUUUGCUUUCCUUGUGUCUCGCAUCUACAAAUUGUCUUUGGAAAUUCCAAGGAUUAAAGCAACAUUCGAAACAAAGAAACAUCGCCGAUUCUUAAUGCAUCUCAUCGGCCAGCAUGCAAACAUUUCAAAUUACAAUUCGGCUCGCAAUAAGCAGGCACCAGAAGCUAUUGAACAAAAUGGAAUGGUCAUAUGCACCCAGACUGGUUUGAUUAUGAAAUAUUUUGGACAUUCUUGCGCUCCGAAUGUUUUUUCGGUCGAUUGCAAUGGACAAAUCAUUUAUACAGCAAUUCGGCCAAUCAAGAGAGGCGAUCUUUUGCAAGUAUCUCUUUUCAGAUUUUGGUCGGAACCAAAAGAAGUGCGACAAGAAAUCAUGUUAUAUCAUAGACGUAUCAAAUGCAUGUGUUCACGUUGCAUCGGUCCCGAUAUGCCAUUGGCACAACGAACGCAAUUGAAAUUCGAUCCGAACUUUAGACACGUUUUGUCGAAUGUGUCUUCUUUUAAGGGCGCAACUCUUUAUGAUGUUCAAUUACACGGAUUGGCCGAAAAAUGUAUUGCAUUUUUGCAAAAAUAUGGCCAUGGGAUUUGGUGUGACGAAAUUGACGACAUUGUCUCCAUAUACAUUUGGCUUCUACAGCUUCGAUUUAAUUAAUUAUGAUGUACCCAUUUUGAAAUCGUAUGAACAAGUUUCGAACCGAGGCCUGAUUAUCGAAACUAUCCAAUAUAUCACCGAUUAAUCUC